UCCCUUCUCCUGCCGCUUUUCCAUGACACUGCUUAGAAAGAUAAGGCUCUCCUAUAAGAGAACAUCUCAGCUUUCCCCUGUUGUCCGUGGCACCUGACGGAUCCGCCAUGAUGCUGCCGCUGUGGACUUUCGCUGUGCUCCUGGGAGCAGUAGCUGGACUCGAAGUCUGCUAUGACAAGCUUGGCUGCUUCAGCGACAGUGCUCCAUGGUCAGGAACUUCAGAGAGACCCCUGAAAGCUCUGCCCUGGAGCCCAUCGAAGAUCAACACCCGCUUUCUCCUGUACACCAACGAGAACCCAGACAACUUCCAGCAAAUCACUGCGGAUGCAGCAAUCAUCAGGAGCUCCAAUUUCAAAACAAACAGAAAAACCCGCUUUAUUAUCCAUGGCUUCAUCGACCAGGGAGAGGAAAACUGGCUAUCGGACAUGUGCAAGAAUAUGUUCAAGGUGGAGAGCGUGAACUGCAUCUGUGUGGACUGGAAGGGCGGCUCCCGAACCACAUAUACCCAGGCCACCCAGAAUGUCCGGGUGGUAGGGGCAGAAGUGGCAUAUUUGGCUAACCUCCUUCAGUCUGAACUCGGAUACUCACUUAGCAAUGUCCACCUCAUUGGCCACAGCCUGGGUUCCCACAUUGCUGGGGAAGCUGGAAAGAGGACAUUCGGUGCCAUGGGGAGAAUCACAGGGUUGGACCCAGCUGAACCUCACUUCCAAAAUACACCUGAAGAAGUCCGACUGGACCCCAGUGAUGCCCAGUUUGUGGAUGCCAUUCACACGGAUGCCGCCCCCAUGAUUCCCAACUUAGGAUUUGGAAUGAGCCAAACUGUGGGUCACCUCGAUUUCUUCCCAAAUGGAGGAGUAGAGAUGCCCGGAUGUCAGAAGAAUAUUCUUUCCCAAAUUGUGGACAUCGAUGGGAUCUGGGAAGGAACACGGAACUUCGCUGCCUGCAACCACCUGAGAAGCUACAAGUACUACUCCGACAGCAUCGUCAACCCCACCGGCUUCGCUGGCUUCUCCUGCGCCUCUUACAGCGUUUUCUCUGCAGACGAGUGCUUCCCAUGCCCAGGCGGAGUAUGCCCACAGAUGGGUCACUAUGCUGACAAAUACCCUGGGAAAACAAAAGAACUGUAUCAGAAAUUUUAUCUGAACACCGGUGACAAGAGUAACUUUGCCCGUUGGCGGUAUCAAGUGUCUGUCACCCUCUCUGGACAGAAGGUCACUGGACACAUUCUAGUUUCCCUAUUUGGAAACGGAGGAAACUCUCAGCAGUACGAAAUUUUCAAGGGCUCUCUGAAGCCGGGCACUAUGCAUGUCAGUGAAUUUGACUCCAAUGUGGAUGUCGGGGACGUGCAGAAGGUUAAAUUUAUUUGGUACAACAACGUGAUCAACCCAACUCUACCCAGAGUGGGAGCAUCGAAGAUCACGGUGGAAAGAAGCGAUGGCAAAGUGUUCAACUUCUGUAGUCAAGAAACUGUGCGGGAGGACGUCCUGCUCACACUCUCUUCGUGUUAGGAGGUUGCUGACAUGUGACUACUGAGUCCCACUGUAAUAAAAUCUAGUAUUAAAGCAA